UGCUUUGUUUAUUAUUGAAAGCAGUUGUACUUUUUUAUAUUUUUAGUUAAAAAUUAGUUGAAAGUUGCUGAAAAUGGUUUAAAUUCAAAAGCAAGUAUAAAUCAAAGAUGUAUUUUAAAUUUUUUGCUGCGGUUUAUUGUAUAAUUUUUGGUGUUUUCGGAAAUCCAAAUUUAUUGCUUGACAAAUAUAGGUAUAUUUCUGUUGUGCUUGAUCAAAAAUCGAAUACAUUGGUUAUAAAAAAUCAUACAAAUGACGACUAUGUUGCAAAAGCUGCUUUUAAGAAUUCUAUGAAUGAGAGUGGCUGGUCAAAGUUGUAUGUGAGCACAAAUGGAAAAUACAGUGAUGUAUUGCAAGCUGAAGCUGCUGGUAUGGCUGAAGGCUUCUUAACAUCUGAUCAUAUCAGCAUGAAUUACAUGAACACUUUAAAUGAUUACUGUGUUAAUGAAAAAGAGUACUGCAAAAAACUUGAAAAUUUUAUAGAUGAAAAUUCAAAAUGGAUGUCACAACAACUAGAGAUAAAAGAAAAUGCGAAGAGUUUAUACUGGCAACAGGUUGUUCUUGUUAAUAAACAACUUGAGGGAUUACUAAAUGGGUAUCUUGAAAGCAACACUCAACCUAGUUUAACUUUACUGAAUGUCAGAAUGUUGCAAUUAUAUGGUGACCUUUUUGAUCUUGAGAAACGACUCGGGAAAAAGUCUUUUAAAAAAUUUGGUUCUUGCUCAGGUUUAGUGAAGUUGUUUCCAAAUAAUAGUGAUCUAGUUAUUUCUCAUGUCACAUGGUUCAGCUAUAGCACGAUGCUCCGAAUUUUCAAAUAUUAUAAUUUCACGUUUCAUGAUGAGCAAGGUAACUUGAUCCCUGGAAAUGAACAGAGUUUUGCUUCAUAUCCUGGUUCCCUUCUUAGUCUUGAUGACUUUUAUAUUCUCAGCAGUGGUUUGGUUACACAAGAAACAUCCAUUAGCAAUGACAACAAUAAUCUUUGGGAAUAUGUUCAACCAUCUUCACUUUUUGAAUGGGUCAGAAAUAUUGUUGCAAAUCGAUUAGCAAGUACUGCAAGUGAAUGGUGUUAUUUGUUUGAGCGGUACAAUAGUGGUACAUAUAAUAAUCAAUGGAUGAUUCUUAAUUACAAUUUAUUUGAGCCUGGAAAGCAUUUAAAACCUGACACAUUUUGGGUAUUAGAGCAACUUCCAGGUAUUGUAGAGAUGGCAGAUAUGUCAAUAUUUUUACAAGAGAAUGGUUAUUGGGCGAGCUACAAUAUUCCAUAUUUUCCAUAUAUUUAUAACAUCAGUGGGUAUAUGGAUUCAUUAAAGAAGUUCGGAGAUUUUUUUGAUUACAACCUAAAUCCUCGUGCUCAGAUAUUUAAAAGAGAUCAUAUGAAGGUAUCAGACAUGCAAUCAUUAAUUAAACUAAUGAGGUAUAACAAUUUUCAAAAUGACCCAUUUGCAAAAUGUAAUUGCACUCCUUCACACAAUGCUGCAAAUGCGAUUUCUUCUCGCAAUGAUAUGAACCCAGCUAAUGGAAGCUAUCCGUUUAGUGAUCUCGUUCAUGAUAAGUUUGGAGCAAUUGAUUGCAAAGCAACGAGUUUUCAAUUGUCAAAAUUAAUGUCUCAGUUCAUUGUUGGCGGUCCAACAUAUGACCAACAACCACCUUUUCAAUGGUCGAAAACAGAAUGGAAUCGACCACUUGGUCAUCCUGAUAUUUUUAAAUUUAAUCCAGAAUUGCUAGAUUGGAGAAAGGAGGAGUGGAUUUAUUCAAAGUUAAAUAUAUAAUCAAUUAUUAUGUAUACACACACAAAUAUAUAUAUAUUAAUAUAAAAAUAGUGGUUGCUUUGCAGAAACUUACUUUUAUUACGGCAUUUUUAAAGAGUAAAAUAAUUAGUUUUUAUACAAAUAGUAAACACAUUUUUCGGAAAGAUAAUUUUGCUUGGUAUGUACAGUGUAGACGCUCAAACAUACAUUACUUAUAAUUUUCAAUUUAUAAUUUUUAAUCAAUUUAAAAUUUGAAUCUAAAAAUAACAAUUUCUUUGACAUGUCAAUGUUAAAAAAGUCGUUAUUUUUUAUUUUACUUGUCUCCAAUGUUAACAAAAAAAAUCUAUUGUUAAAGUGAAUGUUAUUGUAGUAAUUCUUUUCUUUAUUAUUAUCUUAUUAUCCUUAUUAUAGUAAGCUUAAAUAUUAUUUUUACACUUACUUUUCCCAUUUUAUAUUUUAUUGCUGUAAUAAACCAUAUCCAUCGUUGAUUAAUUUUUUUUUGUGCUUAAUCUGUAAUGUUUAUAUCAUGUUAAUAGAUUUUUCCUUCUACGUUUCACAAAAAUAAAUCUACUAAAGUUAAUCAAA